AGGGGCGCACGGACAGGAAGUUACUGAUUACAGCAUAAAAGCACAGGCGUUGAACGCGUGGAGACUUGGGGACGGCGAAACUUAGUUCAACAUUUCCCUCAGUGUAGGAUGAUUUUAUAUAAAAUAAAACGUGUUUACUAAGCCUUAACUGCAGACUUGGAGGUGUAACCAGGUCGACAGAUGUGAAGCUUUUAAUUUGAAACAGGUCACCGGAAUUGUGUGUGUUUGUUCUGUGUGUGAUUUGUGUGGACGUGUUCAGGUAUGUUCCUGCCGCAGCCAUGGGGCUGCUCUACUCUCAGCCGACGUGUCAGGCAGCGUAUGAUGGCGAUGUCCAUCGAGUAUACCACCUCCUGAAAGACAACCCUAAGAAUCUAAACGUCCAGGAACGCUACAACGGAGACACUCCCCUCAUCGCUGCCUGUCGCAGAGGCAAACUGCCAACAGUCAAGUACCUGCUGGAUAACCACGCUGACGUCAAUCUGACCAAUAAGAAACAGAGGACAUGUCUUCACUAUGUGUCCAAGAGGACGUUUUCUCUGCUGGACUAUCUGAUGAUCACUGUCCUGAUGCCCAUCUUGCUGCUGGGGUACUUCCUCAUGUUACAGAAGCAGAGACAGAGAGUACGGCUGAUGGAGACUGUCCUCAGCAGUCCAGUGGACGUCAACGCUGUCGACUAUAAAGGAAACACUGCACUCCACUACGUCUGUCAGAGGAAAAGUCAUCGCCUGGUUCCUCUGCUGCUACACAAGAACGCAGACACCGGCCUCAGGAACCACGAUGGAGAGACACCGCUGGACAUCGCCACCAGACUAAAGUUCAACAAGAUCAUUUACAUGUUGAAGACACAGUGAUGGACACUGGACCAGAGUCAUGGUUGUGGACUUGGAUUUAAUUCAAAACAGGUUAAAAAGUCAAUCAGUUGAACAGAAACUAAAUCACAUGUUAAGACAAUUCAAGUGAUCAGGAAAAUGUCAUGUGGCCCCGCACACAAUCUCAGCAGCAUAAUUAAUUAAGACACUUUGACUAAAGGACAGACUGUCCACGUUUUAGUUAUUUUCAUGUCAACACAUGUCAA